AUGGAAACCAUCCGCGAUUCAACCUUUGGCAAGCUAGUGCGCGUCUUUACUGGGAAUCGACUACUACGAUACCCAGAGGAAAUUGAUCCGUCUCUUUGGACAGAAUGUUUGAAGCCAGAACCCAGCGUCAGAGAUGAAGAAGCAGCGACGUUGGCGGACACCGAGGAGGACACCUUCGGUCUAUAUGCCGUCAUGUCACAGGCGUCACGAGCUUCGCGCCGUCUGAAUUCCAUAGCUUCAACCGCUGGCGUCAAUAAAGGAACACCGCUCCUGGUGGACUGGCGUGGACCAGAUGAUCCUGAGAAUCCUCAAAAUUGGAGCACAAUCAAAAAGUUCCUUGUAAGUUGCCAGAUCUGGAUGUUGACGUUUGCCAUCUACAUCGGAUCAGCGAUCUAUACUCCGGGGAUUGAAGGUGUUUCGGAACAAUUCGGCGUGAGUAGAGUUGCCGCAACACUCGGGUUGACGCUCUUCGUGCUGGGAUAUGGCCUGGGUCCAAUGGUCUGGUCACCUCUCUCAGAACUACCAACCGUAGGCCGAAACCCUACAUACAUCCUCACCCUCGUCGUCUUCGUCUUUUUCCAGUUCGCCGUCAUCUACGCAAAGAACUUCGGCAUGUUCCUGGCAUUCCGGUUCCUAACCGGCUUUCUCGGCUCUCCAGCCCUUGCAACCGGUGGAGCAUCCAUGGGAGAUAUGUGGAACCCGAAAGUGCGCGACUACAUGAUCGCCAUUUGGGGCUGUUUCGCCAUCUCAGCGCCCGUCCUGGGCCCUCUCGUCGGCGGCUUCGCUUCGUCGGCGAAAGGAUGGACAUGGACUAUCUGGCAGCUGCUCUGGGCUAGCGGGUUCACUCUGGUCCUACUGUUUUUCUUCCUCCCGGAAACCUUCACGCCCAAUAUCCUGUGGCGACGAGCACGCCGCGUACGGAAGAUCACGGGGAAUUCGAACUACAAAUGCGAAGCGGAAAUCGAGCUCAGCCACGUCAGACCUAAGGACGUCCUCUUCGAAGCCGCCAUUCGCCCAUUCCAACUCUGUUUCCUCGAACCAAUCGUCUUCUUCCUAAACCUCUACAUCUCCCUAAUCUACGGCAUCCUAUACAUCUGGUUCGAAGCCUUCCCGAUCGUCUUCAGCGAAAUCCACGGCUUCAACGCGGGCCAAACCGGCCUCGCCUUCCUCGGCAUCCUAAUCGGGGCAAUCCUCACAAUAAUGGGCUACUUCUACUGGAAAGCGAAGUACCAAUCUCAGCACUUCGACCAGAACUGGAACAUCGCACCCGAACACCAGCUCCCACCGGCGUGCGUAGGGGCGUUCGCACUCCCGGUUUCGCUGUUCUGGUUUGGAUGGACGGGGAAUUUCCAAAGCGUGCAUUGGAUAGUGCCGAUUCUUGCGUCGGUGGUUUUCUCGGUGGGGGGGUGUUUGAUCUUUAAUGGGAUCUUUUGUUAUCAGGCUCAUGCGUAUCCGAAGUAUGCGGCGUCGGUGUUGGCGGGGAAUGAUUUUAUGAGAUCGUCGUUUGGGGCUGGCUUUCCCUUGUUUGCCACGGCUAUGUUUCAUAAUCUUGGAGUCGGCUGGGCGUGUACGCUUCUCGGCUGCUUGACUGUGUUGUUUGUGCCGUAUCCCUUUAUUUUGUUGCGAUUUGGGAGGAGGUUGAGGAUGGCGAGUAAAUAUGCCAGGCAUGAUAUCUGA